AUGUCUGCAAAUGUAACUAUAACAGCCUUUUUCGGAAUGGCCGAUGAUGAUUUCAAAGAUGAUGUCUAUGAUCGCUACAUCCGAGAUCUCCAUAGACCACGCAAAACAAUUUAUGUGCCCAAACCCCCUUCUAUUGUGACAAAGCACCUUAAUGUGAGGAGAAUCAAUACUGAAUACUGA